GGUGACUUUAUUUCGAGUCAAUCAUGGGUUGGUCGAUGGCUUGCGCCACCUAGCGUCACUUAGCCACGUAGUAUCCUUGGUGCAUUGCGCAUGCUUUGCUCUACGAUAAAUGAUGUGCACGCCAAUUUAAUCCGAUUUAAUCACUUUAACUAAUCUCAGUGCACUGAUUUUUCCCGAGUAUGAAAGCGAAAAAGAGCUCGCUCAAGCACGAGAACAAACACGGAAAUCCCAGAAUUCUUCGCGGCUGUGACGUCACUGAGUCGAUCCUCGCUUGUCUUUUUUCUCUUUUUGCGAAAAAGCUUGGCCUAGCCGUGACCAACCGACCGAGUUCACGGAGUGUCGGACCUUCACACGGACGUUGUGGACUAAAGACAAGCCCCUGAUCAACCACGCUUUCAUCGUCGACGGACUCAGAUCAUGGCGGACGACGAGAACAUCUUCGACCCGUCGCUGAAGAAGAAGAAGAAAAAGAAGAAGACCCCCUUUGACCCGAGCGCCCUGGAGGAUGCGUCCCAGGACGGACAGGAGAAGGAGGACGCCGAAAAGGAGAACCGCGAUGACAGGGAUGAGGAUGCGGCCUUGGACCUGGACGACUUCUCUGGCCUCAAGAAGAAAAAGAAGAAGAAGAAGCCCUUCAGCCUCGAGGAACUGGACGCAGGAGUGCCGGAGGCAGAGCUGAAGGAGGAGCUUGUGGGCGACGAGGAAGAGGAGGGUGGUGCCGAUGACGACCUGGAUUUCAACCUGCCCAAGAAGAAAAAGAAGAAGAAGAAGAUCACCUUCGGCCUCGUGGACGCAGACGGGGACGCCGAGGGCGACGACGACACCACUUUCACGGACGACGCAGACCCCAAGUCGAGCAUCACCACGGGUUCCAGCACAUGGUCUGGCAGCGACCGGGACUACACAUACGAUGAGUUGUUACAGCGGGUGUUCAACGUGAUGCGGGAGAAGAACCCGGACAUGGUGGCCGGGGAGAAGAAGAAGCUGGUCAUGAGGCCACCGCAGGUCCUCAAGGUGGGCACCAAGAAGUCCUCCUUCGCCAACUUCCUCGAGAUCUGCAAGAUGUUGCACAGGCAGCCCAAGCACGUACAGGCAUUCCUGCUGGCCGAGUUGGGCACCAGUGGCUCUGUGGACGCCAACAACCAGCUCAUCAUCAAGGGCAGGUUCCAGCAGAAGCAGAUAGAGAACGUCCUCAGGCGUUACAUCAAGGAGUAUGUGACCUGCCACACUUGCCGGUCGCCGGACACGAUUCUGCAGAAGGACACGCGGCUCUUCUUCCUCCAGUGCGAGAAGUGCGGCUCGAGGUGCUCGGUGGUGAGCAUCAAGUCUGGCUUCCAGGCCGUGACCGGGAAGCGCGCUGCCAUCCGCGCCAAGACCGCCUGAGGGCACCCUUUCUAUCCCAGAGACUAAUAAAGUUUUGGAUUUCA